AUGGCCUCUACCCAAUUCUUCAUUUUUGCCAUUUUAGCAGUUCUUGUUCCUUCGAUUUUGGCCACGGAUUUCGUGGUUGGUGACGAUAAAGGUUGGACCAUUGGUUUUGAUUACCAAACUUGGGCUGAUGGGAAGGAGUUUCACGUCGGUGACCGACUCAUUUUUAAGUAUCGAAAGGGAAACCAUAAUGUCCUUAAAGUUAAUGGCACUGGCUUCCAACAAUGUGUGGCACCGGCUGGCACUGUGCCCUUGACUAGUGGAAACGAUGUGAUACUCUUAGCAACCUCAGGAAGAAAAUGGUACAUUUGCGGUUUUCCCACUCAUUGUGCAAAUGGACAAAAGCUUGCCAUAACAGUGCUUGAUGGACUGUCUCCUGCGCCUUCUCCUGAUAGUGACGAUAGUUAUACUCUUUUUGGCUUUGCAAUCGCAACAAUUUUGCCAUCCUUAGUGACUUGA